AGAAGCCGCUCCUCUCGCUCUGUGAAAGCGACCGAGCAGAGUAAUGCCGGCAAAUCUAGCUGCGCGAUGUCACCUACGAAAGCUAAACCGAAGCGGAAUCCUAGGAGGGCGAAGGAUCAAUGGGACGAGCAGCAUCUAAUGACAAGUGCGAAAUCGCCGCUGGUUAAUCUGGAUCUAGUGAAACUGCUCGCCAACCCUCAAGCUUGGGAAUGUCUCGAAGAAAGCGAAAAGCAAGAGAUCCUAAAUCUUCUCCCUGAUAACGCGCAUCCAGACCCUAGCUCUCUGCCUGAUGACCCCGACGCGAAGAUACCCCCUCCCCCGCAGUCUUUCCUACGCUACUCAAAUGAAUGGCGCGACGGUAUCCGUCACUUCCAGCUCGAUCUCGAGAACGGUCACUAUGACCCGGUGUGGCAGCUCCAGGCCAAACAGGCCAUGCAGGAGAGAGCUGCAGGCAAGUUUGACAAGUUCAAAGAGGAGGAAUUCGAGCAAUUCUGGGGACAGAAACAGAAAUUGGACCGAACGCUCGUGGCAGGGCAGAGCUCUCAGGUAAAACUGGAGACGUUGACCGAUAAUGGCGUUAUUCAGGAAGGUGAUAUGUGGAAGUAUUCGCGAUGUUUCUCCAAAGGCUCUGAGAAGAUUUUGGUGGAAAAGGAAGUCAGGAUUGUGAGAAUAGACGGCACACGCUUGAGCUUCGUCAUGCCACCUGGGCAGCGAGUAUUUCUCGCGGCUCUCUCAGGCCCGACCAACCAGAACCAAGACUGCAAUCAAGAGCAAAGUCAAGAGCCUGUCGAUGGACAGCAAGAGAGUAUCGCUGCUCAAACCGAUCUCAGAGAACAUACACGUACUAGUCAGACAACAGAGGCUGGCUCCUCUAACAAACGCAAAUCCGAGUUUGAACAUGGUGACUGCAAAAGACAUUGUUCGCAGCCUCCAGAACCAAACGAUCAAGUAGCGUCUUCUACGGAGCCUACCGAGACUACAACUGAUGUUGCAGCCGACACUAUCAGCCCUUCAACAAGUGCAGAGGCAGUGUCUCUCACAGAGGGUGCAGAUGGCUCCGCAGAAACAAGCGUCAAACCCAGAAAUGCUGUUGAAGCGUCAGAUAUUACGUCUCAAUCAGCCCCUGAACCAACUCAGGAAUCCACCCAGGUGUCGAUGCCCGCGCAAAGCACAGAUGACAACACAGAUGAGAUCUUGGUUGAGAACAUUCGGGGGCUCACUGCACUUACCACAAAGAUCAGAGAAGUUGAUGGCCGCAUUGACAAAUGCCCCAAUGGCAAUGCUUGGAAAGAGUUCCGUGCCUACAGGAAUAACCAGGACAUGGGUAGCUUAUGGGAGGUCAGACAGGCUUGGUUCCAACGUAAGAAAUAG